GAAGAAAAAACUACCUUUUCAUCUAUCAAUCUUAGGAGAAAAAGAAAAGUGAAAGAAAAAGAGAAAAGAAAGUGAAAGGCAAGGACAGAAAGGAAAGAAGCCAUGAGGACAGCUUGAUAAGGGGAUCAGCGCCCCGGCCCCUUAUCCCUGCCUGGUGAGGAGCCCCUUAGUGAGGCAGGGGCGCCAUGGUGCUGCUGCGCGGAGGGGGCGGCGCCAACAAGGGGGCAGCUCGCGGUAAACGACGCCCCUUGGUCACCUGGCUCACCCUGCGCAGUGUGUGGCGAACCCGCAAGAUGGCGCGCAAGUCCCCGCACUGCUCCCUUCUAGCUUACUACCGGCAAGGCGUGGCGCUGCAGUGCCUGGGCCGACACGCAGACGCCCUGGCCGCCUUCAGCAGUGGCCUGGCCCAGGAUCCCAAGUCCCUACAGCUUCUGGCAGGCCUGGUGGAGGCGGCCAUGAAGAGUCCCCUUAGAGCGACCCUCGAGCCAACGUACCGACAGCUGCAGACGAUGAGGCUGGACAAGAGCCCCUUCGUCAUCAUCUCCGUCAUCGGGCAGGAGUUGCUGGCGGCGGGUCACUACGCAGCGGCCGUCGUGGUGUUGGAGUCCGCACUCAAAAUCGGCACUUGCUCCCUCAAACUGCGUGGCUCCGUCUUCUCCGCUCUCUCCUCCGCCUACUGGGCCCUAAACUCCCUAGACAAGGCGGUGUCCUACAUGCAGCAGGACCUGGCGGUGGCCAAAUCCCUGGGAGACAUUGCAGGGGAGUGUCGGGCGCACGGCAACCUGGGCAGCGCUUACUUCAGCAAGGGCAACUACAAGGAGGCGCUGACGUCGCACCGCUACCAGCUGGUCCUCGCCAUGAAGUGCAAGGACACCCAGGCCGCCGCCUCCGCCCUCACCAGCCUCGGUCAUGUCUACACAGCCAUCGGGGACUACCCUAACGCCCUGGCCUCCCACAAGCAAUGUGUUCAGCUGGUCAAGCAAAUGGGCGACAAACUGCAGGAGGCGCGGGAGAUUGGCAACGUGGGCGCGGUGUAUCUGGCCAUGGGCGACUUUGACAGCGCCGUGGACUGCCACAUGGAGCACCUGCGCAUCGCCAAGCACCUCAACAACAAGGUGGAGGAGGCGCGGGCGUACAGCAACCUGGGCUCCAGCCACCACUACAAGCGUAACUUCGACCAGGCCAUCGCCUUCCACAACCACGUGCUGAGGAUCGCGCAGGACCUCGGUGACCGCACCAUCGAGGCGCGGGCGUACGCCGGUCUGGGCCACGCCGCGCGCUGCAUGAGCGACUACGGGCAGGCGCAGCGGUGGCACGAGAAGCAGCUGGACAUGGCCCUCAGCACCAAGGACAAGGUGGCGGAGGGACGCGCCUGCUCCAACCUGGGCAUCGUGUACCAACUGAUGGGGCACCACGACGCCGCCCUCAAGCUGCAUCAGGCGCAUCUCAACAUCGCUAGGCUGUUGCAGGACCGCGCGGGCAUGGGGCGCGCCUACGGCAACAUCGGCAACGCCUACUCCGCGAUGGGGUACUACGAGCAAGCCAUCAAGUACCACAAGCAGGAGCUGACCAUCAGCAAGGAAGUGAACGACCGCAUGAGCGAGGCGUCCACGCACGGCAACCUGGCGGUGGCGUACCAGGCGCUGGGCAUGCACGAGAUGGCGCUGCUGCACUACCACUCCCACCUCAACAUCGCGCGAGAGCUGAAGGACACGGCGGGCGAGGCGUGCGCCCUCCUCAACUUGGGGAACUGCCACUCUUCGCGUGGAGAGUUUGCCCAGGCCGUGCCCUACUACGAGCAGUACCUCAUGUUGUCCCAGGAGCUGCACGACACGAGAGGCGAGGCGCGGGCGUGCCAUUUCCUAGGCUACGCCCACUACUGCCUCGGGAAUUUCAAGGAGGCCAUCCGCUACUACGACCAGGACCUGGCGCUGGCCAAGGACCUGCAGGACCGGAAGUCGAUGGGACGUGCCUACUGUAACCUGGGGCUGGCACACCUGGCACUCGGCAAUUCAGAGACGGCACUCGAGUGUCAGAAGUACUUCCUGGCACUGGCACACAUGAUGAAGCACCUCCAAGGGAAGUUCCGAGCGCUGGGGAAUAUCGGGGACGUGUUGAUGAAGAUGAAGAAUUACGACGAGGCUGUGAAGGUUUACCAGAAGCAGCUCGUGUUGGCCAAGCAGUCACGGGAUAAGGUACUGGAGGCUUCGGCUUACGGCGCCCUUGGACUCGCCCACAGACUUCUGAAAUGCUUCGACAAGGCCCUCGGUUACCACACGCAGGAGCUGACCAUCCGGCAGGAAAUGGGCGACAUCAAGGGGGAGUGCAAGGCUCACGGUCACCUGGGCGCCGUGCACAUGUCCCUCGCCAACUACACGAACGCCAUGAAGUGUUACGAGGAGCAGCUGGAGCGCGCCAAGGAGCUGAAGGACGCGGCGCUGGAGGCUCAGGCGUUCGGCAAUCUGGGCAUCGCGCGCCUCAACAUGGGCCACUUCGAGGAUGCCAUUGGCUACCUGGAGCAGCAGCUGGCAACCCUCGAGCAGCUGUCCACCACCACCGCCGUCAUCGACAAGGGCCGCGCCUUUGGGAAUCUAGGUGACUGCUAUGACGCCUUGGGAGACUCCGAGGAGGCCAUCAAGUGUCACGAACAAUAUCUGGCCAUUGCGCUCAAGACAAAGAGCCCUCGGGACCAGGAGCGCGCCUAUCGAGGCCUGGGCAGCUCUCACCGCUGCAUCGGGAACUUGCAGCAGGCGCUGGUGUGCUACGAGAAGCGGCUCGUCGUCUCUCACGAACUCAACAUUCCGGCGGCCAAGGGGUCGGCCUAUGGGGAGCUGGGCCACAUCCACUCCCUCCUCGGUAACUUCGAGCAGGCCAUCUCUUGCAUGGAGCACCAGCACCAGAUAGCGCGGGAGCUGGGAGACAAGCUGUGCGAGGCGGAGGCGGCGUGCGGUUUGGGCACGGUGUACCAGCAGAUGUGUGAGUACGCCACCGCCCUCCGCUACCACGAGCUGGACCUGCGCAUCGCCGAGGAGCUGACCAACCCGGCCGAGCAGGGGCGGGCGCAUGGCAACAUCAGUCUGGCAUACGAGUCUUUGGGGAAUUUCGAGCAGGCGGUGACCCACGGCGAGCAGCAUCUCAGCAUUGCCGCCCAAAUGAACGACAAGGUGGCGAAGACCCUGGCAUACGCCUCGCUGGGCCGCGUCCACCACGCCCUCGGCAACACCACGCAGGCGGUGGCGUACCUGCAACAAGGACUCCAGAUCGCCGAGCAGCUGGGUCGCCGCGAGGACGAAGCCAAGAUCCGUCACCGCCUGGGAAUGGCACUGUGGGGCCACGGGGACCUGGAGGCCGCCCACACCCACUUAGACCGUGCUGCCCACCUGCUGGACACCAUCAGGAGAGAUGCGCGAGGCUCACAGGACUACCGCCUCUCCCUGUUCGAUCUGCAGACAGCCUCCUACCAGGCGCUGCAGCGGGUGCUGGUGGGGUUAGGACGCAACGAGGAGGCGCUGCUUGUUGCCGAGCGAGGAAGGACCAGGGCCUUCGUAGACCUGCUGUUUGAACGUCAGGGCGCGUCCACUGCUUCCCGCGCAUCGAGAAUUGAAGACUCCACGCCCAGCACUGUGGAUCAAAUCGUUGACAUCGUAAACAGACAGAAAGCGUCAGUGCUCUAUUACAGCAUCGCUGCAGGCUGCCUCUACAGCUGGCUCAUCGUCCCCAACAAAGGUGUUGUCAAGUUCCACGAAGUGAGCGUGAGCGAGGUCGAGGCUGAGCGCGAAGGCGACUGCGGGGAGGACACCACGGGCACCACCUCGGGCUCGCUGCUGGAGCACUAUAUCCAGUCAGUGAGGGACGCCCUUGGAGUGGAGUGUGGCGCAAAUGUUACUCGUGGUGGGAUUGCCAGCGAGACCGAGAGCGAGGCCGGUGACAUGUGGAAUGCUCAUCUGGAGGAGCUGGGCGACAAGCUGAACCACGAGGCGGACAGGACAGGCUUUCUCCGCAUGGUCAACAGGAAUCAUCUCUUCAAUUCGUCCAAUUAUUCCUUGUCGUCACUGUUCUCGCUGGGCUCAGUCAGCGGCUCCAUCGCCUCAGGUCCCGCCUCACGACCAGGCUCCACACGCUCGCGCAAGGUGACCUGGCAGGGGCCCUCCUGUCUCCGCUCCCUCUACGAGCUGCUCAUUGCGCCCAUGGAGGACCAUCUGCCCGAGGCGGGGGUGUCACGGGAACUGAUGCUCGUGCUGGAGGGUGACCUCUACCUCGUGCCCUUCCCUGUCCUCAAGGGCACCAACUGUAAUGACUACCUAUGUGAGCGGUACUCCCUGCUGGUGGUGCCCUCCAUCAGUGCCCUUAAGGUGAGCCAGCGCUCCAAGAACGCCAAGCCCAAUGGCGAGCAGACCACGGCACUGGUGAUUGGCAACCCCAAGCUGCCGAGCACCGUGACGGAGCAGUGGGGCUGGGGAGACAUUCCCUACGCCGAACAGGAGGCAUCCAUUGUGGCCGAGAUGCUGCAGACCAAGGCUCUGACAGGCUCCUGUGCCAACAAAGAGGCCAUCCUUAGGCUGAUCAGCCAGGUGGAGUGUAUUCACCUGGCAUCCCAUGUGUCGUGGAAGCUGUCUGCUGUGAUCCUCUCGCCAGGAGAGUUCGUCGAAUCACGCGCUUCCAAGCGGCUGUCGCACUCCUCCCAGCCCGAGGCCAUCCACGAGCACUUAGAUGAUGAAGGCUCGGAGAUUGCCUCUACCAUAGACCUUCCAGCACUUUCAGAAUUCCUACUCACGGCAGCUGACAUUCUCAACCUGAAGCUGCGGGCCAAGCUGGUGGUGGUGUCAUCAUGCCACACACGGGACCAUCAUGGACGAGCCAACAGUGAUGGUGUGGUAGGACUGACGCGGGCACUGCUGGCAGCGGGAGCCCAGUGUGUCCUUGUGUCUCUCUGGCCUGUUCCAGACACUGCCGUCAAGAUACUCUUCAGAACCUUCUACUCCUCGCUGCUGCAGGGUGCACGAGUAAGCCGUGCACUAUCUGAAGCUCAGCAGACUGUGCAGACCACCAAGCAUUUCGCCCAUCCUGCCAACUGGGCUGGCUUCCUUCUGGUUGGUGCUGAUGUCAAGCUUUCAAACAAGGUGGCACUGAUGGGGCAAGCAUUAUGUGAGCUGCUGCGGACGCCAGAUAAGUGUAGGGACGCCCUCAGAGUGACUCUUCACUUGGUGGAGAAGUCCCUGCAGCGGAUCCACCGAGGCCACCGCAACGCCAUGUACACCACGCAAAAGUCAAUCGAGAACAAGGUGGGCAACGUGUCUGGUUGGAAGGACCUGCUGAUGAGCGUUGGCUUCAGGUUUGAGCCAGCGGCAAACGGCAUCCCAAGCAGUGUGUUCUUCCCGCAAAGUGACCCUGGGGAGCGGCUCACCCAGUGCUCUGCCUCUCUCCAGGCCCUGCUUGGACUCUCGCAGACGUCACUCCAGGCUGUCUCCAAGCUGCUGGACUCGCCUGAAUACGCCGAGGACGUGAUUUCGGUGAUGCGCUGCGUGAUCACCCAGUUCACCGUCAAAGACCUGGAGAGCGAGUCUAUCGAGGUGCCCGUCCACGUGAAGCUGUGGCGAGUUAACGGCUGCCACGAGCUGCUGGCGUCUUUAGGAUUUGAUCUGAUGGAGGUGGGGCGUGACGAGGUGACGCUGCGCACGGGCAAACAAGCUAACAAGCGUAAUAUCCAAUUUGCACACCAAGCUCUCCUGGCGCUCUUUGACACCCAAGAUGCACCCAAGAGCCUCAGUGUGGACUCAAGCAGCAGCCUCGAGUCCCUCGUCAGCUCUGAUGACGAGGAUGAGUCUGUGGCUGCUCCGCCACCUCCGCCGCCACCAUCACAGCCCCUCCCUCCCCACCGCCCCGCACCACUACUGCUGGGCCGUGGAGCCUUCUCCAGCUACGUCAGGAACCGUGGGGAGCCUGAUGGGGCGAGAGCCUCCACCAGCGAACAGAAGGGUAGGGAGAGCGACGCCGCCUUCACCCCCUCGCCUGUUGACCCCGUGGCCAAGUACUCUCAGGCUUUUCGCAACCCUCAUGGGCCUCCCAGCGACACUGGCUCCCCGCAGCCCUCUCCCCGUCUCUCCCUCACGCUGGCACACCAAAACAAAAUCCGCUCCAUGUACACGUCAGCUUCCCCAGCGAGUGAUGGCGGCGGGAAGCGGCCAGAUAGCUCCAGCAGCACCAGCAGCAUGACUGAUUGGGAGAGUGGCCAGGCCACAGUGCGCCGCCAGCCGCUGGCCAAACCCGUUAUCGCCCCAAAGGCCCCCGUGCCCACACACAGCAGGGUCAGUGAUGUCAGCGCCGGAUUCAUGAGGCCCCAGUACGUCACCAUCAACAAGAGCAAUUCACAAGCUUCCUCUGGGUUUGAAUCACAAAGCUCUGAUUCUGACUUCGGACCACGGCGGACGGGCACCGUGCGCAGCGUGUACACCACUGUGGGCAGCGCCGCCACGCUGAGGCUCAGCAAGGGUGCCACCAUGGACACCCUGGAUCGCCUGAGCGUCCGCACUGAGGUGGGCCGUCCCAGCCUUGGCGGGGCACGCGGCCGACGUGACCGCAGCAAUGAGCGGGAGCUGUCUGUAGAGGCAGCAGAAGGCCAACCGUCCACCUCCGCCGCCCCCGUGCCAGCCCCUACAGCCGAGCCCUCCGAGGCCCGCCCCUUGGUGCCCGUCAGGAAGAUGCCUGAGGUGCAACUGGACUCCUCCAUUGGCAAACUGCUGCGCCCAAGAACCAACCACGCCGCCACCAUCCACGAGAACGACUCUCUGUACAACUACCGCUCCGGCGACGAGAUGUCCAUGAAGAUGAGCCACAUGGGCCACAAGAGCAUCCAGGACCACAUCAUUGCCACGCAGAUGUCUCGCCUCAACAGGGAGAUGCCCAUCAGCGACGUGUACCAUGAAAGAAACCUCGGCCUUGGCCUUGCCCCGCCCCUCUCCAAGCUGCUCAUGUCCGCCGCGCAGCCCAUCGUGGCCGGGGACCACGCCGACGCCGAGAGCAAAUCUGCCUCUGAGGACAGUUUUGGUAAUUUCGACAAACUCUCCCUCGCUGAUGACAACCAGUUGGCGCUGCCACCAAAGCCUGAUUUCAAGCCAAAGCCACCACCCAUCCCACCCAAAAGGUUUGGCCCCAAACCGUGGGUGUCUGCCCACCCACAAGUCCCCAACAUGGGCGUCAGUUUAGAGAGCUCUGCAGGGCUGCCUCAGUCCAACGUCGUCUCUGAACUCAGUCGGCGAGACGAGGGCGAUGGCCGCUCCAUGACAGACUCCCACUAUUCUGGCUACUCCCCCUCCAGGAACAACGGCGCCAGCAAGCCAGGUGACCUGAGCGGCCCUGUGCCCUCCUCCUCCCAGGCCAGGAGCUACUAUGACCUCAAGGCCAGCGCGGGUGUGGGCGGCGCCGAGCGGGAGCAGGACACCCUUGGCACACUCCCUUCUGCAGGUAUGGCAGGAAUGUCCUCAAGGGGAGACGAGCCCUUGCACCACACCGUCGCGGAGCUCAACACUUACGCGGCCUUCAACCCCGCCUACGAGCACGACGAGCCCAUGAGCGUCGGGUCGGUGGGUGCUCGCAUCGGCUCCUCUGAGAUUGCCGAGUACAUGGAGCAGCUCCUGGGCACCACGGAGCCCUCGGAAAACGACCAGUCUGACGAGGCCUCCGAGGUGAAGACCAAGACCUGCAAGCGGCCGGGCAAGCACCCCUCAGCGUGGAGCAAGGCCAAGACCCACAAGCAGUUCUCGCACCACACACAGCAGUCCUCGUCCUGCUAGCGUUUACUGCCCCACGCCGGUAGUAUCGUCCCGGCGUCGUCCCUCUGUACAUAGUGUCUAAGAGGAUGGAGGAGGAAAUGGUCAGGAGGAGGAGUAAUAACAGAAAAAGGAGGAGGAGCAGUAAGAGAAUAAGUAGAUGACAGAAUAAGGAGGAGCAGGAGAAGGAAAAUAAAACGGAGUAUUAGAAGAAGGAGGAGUAGGAGCAUUUGGAGCAUUAAGAGGAGGAGAAGGAGAUGGAGAAGAAGGAGAAGCAGGAGGAGAAAAAAAAGAAGUAGGAGGAGAAGAAGAAGGAGAAGGAGGAGGAGGAGAGCGCAAUUUAGUGGGUGCGUCACGUAACGCCACCCUGUCCUGUCUUUGCCAAGUUUGAGUGCCAAGUGAGCGAUGCCAUAUCAAGGGUUUGGGAGACAAGGACUCCUGGGGACAUCCUUCGGUGCCAAAGCAUUACCUAUCUGUCCCUGCCAUGCGUGUCUUCCCAAAGCAGUUCAAAGACAGUGAUCGAACCCAGUGCAAAACAGAACCAUUACCUGAAAUUAAUGGUGGAGAAUUUUGUUUUGUUCUUUUUUUUCUUGAUGUAAGGUGUAAGACAAAAGGAAAGAAUGUGCAGUAUAAAGUCUCUCUCUCUCUCUCUCUCUCUCUCUCUCUCUCUCUCUCUCUCUCUCUCUCUCUCUCUCUCUCUCUCUCUCUCUCUCUCUCUCUCUCU